AUCGUCUGCAGCCUCCCCACUCCACAAAAUUCAUUGGACCUUCCCCCCCCCCCCUCGCGACACUACCAACAAUUACCAAUAGCAAAGCAUGCGUGGAAAAAAUACAAUGCGAUAUUUUUAUUGAAUAAACAAAAACUCCAACAAGUGAAUUUACUGUAAUUGUUGAAUUGUUUUUGUAAAACAAUCGGGAUUGAAUACUUUGGAACUGUUGUAUCUCCACGUGACCAACGUAAACAAAAAAAUAACUCCGAAAUUGACGUUGAACAUAACUCAACGAAAAAUCGAUAGCAUAAAAAAAUUUGAGUUGAGGAAUAUCCGGAGAGUUCGAAGCAAAUUAAUUGAGAUAAUUAACUAGACUUUGGUGGAGUAAUUUUGAAACCAAUAACCUCAAAAAAUGGAGGGAUACACAUUGCAACUGGACCCAAGAACCGGUAAAUACCUGACCCUUCACCUAUUCACGAAUGUCGAGAAUACGAGAGAAAUAAAGAAGAGGAUUCAAGCUGGGAAGCUUCAGUGUUGCAUUCUCAAGGCGAGUAUGAUCGUCGAACCGUUCCAGGUGGUGGUGGCUGCUAACAAAGCUGUCCUCCGGAUGAACUCUGGGUCCAUGAUCACGAGGGGUGUGUUCACAGAGAUUCUCUACGCCAUUUCCUCGUCGACGAAUAUCUCCCAGUCGCUGAUGAGGUUCGGGAUUGAUGAUAAAGAUAGAAAUAUUGUGGUGGCUUUCAUUCAUGGAGAGGAUGGGAGGGAGGAGCUGGAGGGAGAGGUCCUGGGGCAGAUCGAAGGGGAGAGAACGCCGAUCUCUAGGCUGAGGGAGUUUGCGGAUGUUGGACUCGUCAGGAAGACUUAUAAAAUUGAUGAGGAGGAGCUGAAGGUCUCCAGUCUCGAGGAUUCUAUUGUCAGUAGGAUAGGGGGUGACUAUCCAGUGUCGUUGAAAUGAUUUUUGUAGCAGGAGAUGCAGACGAUUGAUGUAAUAAUGCGCAGAUGAAUGGAAAAUAAAUUGAGUCCCGGAUUUAAUCUCA